CCUUCAGGGCCAGGGCUACAGGGGGCUUAAGAAGCCUGACUCUGUAUCAUCUCCUACCAGCUUCACCUUUGGUUAUUGUGAGAAGUCAUUGCUUUGGGGAGUCCUGAUCUGGCUGUGCCAGAUGGGCACUGAGGAGGAAGAGGAUGGCUGGGAAUGAGAAGAGAGAAGCAGAGCAGGCGCUGGCCCCUGACUCAGCAGCAUGGAGCUGGUCCAGGACACCUCCCGUCCUCCACUGGUCAAGGUGAAGGGGGUCCCGCUCAUCAAGUACUUUGCAGAGGUGAUGGGGCCACUUCAGAGCUUCCAGGCCUGGCCUGAUGACCUGCUCAUCAGCACCUACCCCAAGUCUGGCACCACUUGGUUGAGCGAGAUACUGGAGAUGAUCUAUCAGGGUGGUGACCUAGAGAAGUGUCACCGGGCACCCAUUUACAUACGCGUACCCUUCCUUGAGUUUAAAUGUCCAGGGGUUCCAUCAGGUCUGGAAACUUUGAAAGAUACACCUGCCCCUCGGCUCCUCAAGACACACUUGCCCCUGGGCCUGCUUCCCCAGAGUCUGUUGGAUCAGAAGGUCAAGGUGAUCUAUAUUGCCCGCAAUGCAAAGGACGUGGCUGUCUCCUAUUACAACUUCUACAAAAUGGCCAAGCUGUACCCUGACCCUGGCACCUGGGACAACUUCCUGGAGAAGUUCAUGGAUGGACAAGUGUCCUAUGGGUCGUGGUACCAGCACGUGCAGGAGUGGGGGGAGCUGAGCCGCACCCACCCUGUGCUCUACCUCUUCUAUGAAGACCUGAAGGAGAACCCCAAAAGGGAGAUUAAAAAGAUCCUGGAGUUUCUGGGGCGCUCCCUGUCAGAGGAGACAGUGGAUCACAUCGUCCAGCACACAUCCUUCAAGGAGAUGAAGAAGAAUCCCAUGGCUAACUACACCACCAUACCAACUGAGAUGAUGGACCACAGUGUUUCUCCCUUCAUGAGGAAAGGCAUCACAGGGGACUGGAAAUCCGUCUUCACUGUGGCUCAGAAUGAGCACUUUGAUGCCCACUAUGCUGAGAAGAUGGCAGGCUUCAAGCUUAACUUCCGCUGGCAGCUCUGAGUGGUGUCGUGGGGAGCCACUACAGGGGGGAAGCGUGGGCACAAGCCUGACCCAUGACCUCAGGAAUAAAACAUGAUGUGUCCAACAAGAGGCUCUGUUGGAAGCCAGGAGAACACCUGAGACAAAGUAAAUCCCACUGGGACCAAGUAGGGCCCUCUGCCCCACAGUCUAUAGCUCCUACCUGCUCUGUCGGGGAAGGGAAAGAGGAUCUGCAGGAGGUAGACCCAAGAGACAUGAGAGAAGAGGAAGAAUAUUUGAUCCUGUAAGAUCCUCUUUUGUUUCUCCCUCCAGUCUGCUGGCCAGCUUCACUUUUUCUUGGACUCCUUACAAGCCACAUCUCUCUCACCACUUAGCUGCAUCUUGAACCCUUUUCAUUUUUUAUUUUGAGACAGGGUCUCACUACGUUACUGAAAGUCUCCCUGUUUUGCUGAUGCUGAUCUCAAACUUGCAGUACUCUUGUCUCAGCCUCCACAGUCACUGGGAUUAUGGUGUGUGCACCACUACGCUGGACUUAGAACAGAGCCUUGAGGAGGAGGAAGUGAGGACAGUUAAGUACCUGGGAUUGGAGGCAGGGCCUGAGUUCAGCAGGUAUGAGGAGAUAUAUAAGCACUAAGGUGGCGAGCCUCUUGGCUAUGCUCCAGGAUGGUUUUGAGGAUGGUUCAUGGUUUGAUUGAAGGCAAAUGCUGGUUGGAGAUUCAGCAUCUGAAGGAGAUGCAAUAUGGCUACUUAGAUGAAGGCUGCAUUUCCAGUUGUUUAUAGAUUGGAAUUCAAGCAAUAAGAGUAUGACGUUUUAGUGCGAUGGACGAAAGAGGGAAUUGGCUGAAAUCCAAUAUUGGACAGUCAGAAUCUCUGACUCGGAAAUUCAGGUACAUUGGAUGAAGUACAAGAGAGAGUAAUUGGAGCCCAACUGAUAGCAGCAGCAGCAGCAGUGGGGUUCAUUGGAGAGAACAGGGGUAACACAAACAGAGAGAGAAACACAAUAGGGCAGAUUAGGCACAGGAAAACCUAUAGAACGAAAAGCAGGCUGAACUUAGCUGGACUAGUGGCUGCACAGUGAACUGGGUGCCUGAAAAGUGUUCUGUUUCUCAACUGGCAAGUGGAGAACAAGCGCUGGAUUCAUCUUCAGGCCAUGCUGCAGCCUGGGGAGCCCUGGAGAUCACAGCAAACAUAACCGUACUCUCCUGGCAAGUGCCUACCAUGUGGCCUAGUGUGUGCCUAGCAGAAUAUGAGUGAAACAAACAGGCACAGAGAUACCUGUCCCCAGGGGGAUUCAAGUCAGAGAUAAGGAAGGCAGUGCACCUCACUUUUCCUUUGAGUCUGAUAACUCGUGACCAGCUGAAGAAGGUUAGGGAACUGAACAGGUGUGAUUACCUUGAGAGUUUCAGCCUGGUAAGGUUGUAUUCAUGAGCAGUGAAAUGUGUGAGACCUCUGGAGGGUUGAUUCCCCAGCUCCCUGAGUUCUCGGGAGGCUUCUGAGAUCCAGAUUCCCAGUAGAGACUGGUAUCUGAUUGUCACUAGGGGUGUAUUGCUCCAAUCUCCACAAUCUCUAUUGUGUAUUGCUCCACACAAUAGUGCCCCUUAGGAAUGAGUAGACCUAAGCCAUAAUUUCCGUUCUAGAACUCUGCAGUAGCCCUGUCCUGGGAGUGCAUCAGUCUGGUCUGUCCAGAUAAAGCUCCAGUUGGCAGUACUUCUCAGAGGUAAUGACCAUCUAUCCCAGUUGACAGUUUUGUCCACCUCAGUGGAGACAAUCCUUUCACUUUUCAUUACAAAUCUACUUUCUUUCUGGUAUCGUUUUGUUGUCAUUGUCAGGAAAUAAACAUCUCAAUAAUAACAGUGAAUAUAAA